GGGAGCCCCCUCCACCGAAAAGUUCAAGGGGGAGAGGGCCCGCUCCCUCCUCAUGAUGUUAAUGAGAAAUCUGAAGGCAUCUGAAGAAUCGGUGGUUAAUCAGUACAUUGAUGUACAUAAUUUAAUUCCUUGUGGUGAUGUGAAUGGCUUGUUGGCAGUUAGUGUGAAGCAGUGCAAAGAUUUCACCCCCAAAUUUGAUGUUAAACAUGACACCUACUUACUGAUUCGCAUUAGCAUUGAUAAAAUCAUGAAAUGCACAAAUCCCCAAGUCUUCCGACCCAGAAAGAAGCACAUUCCGCUUAAUUUCGGAGACGUGAGAUAUUUUUCUCUGAAGGUUCCAAAGCAGAGAAGUGAUCCUAGGAAUAGGAUUACUUUAGAGCUGGUGGGCUUUGAUGGUCCAAAAGACUUUCCACGGCUCUAUGGGAAUGCAAACAUGCACCUUUAUGAAGUCAUUCAAAAACAGUCCUUCAUUGAAACAUGUGCUAUGAGAAUCAGAAAUAUGGUGUUCUGCACAGCAGAAGUGGAAUAUAUGUUCUGCUAUGGAUGUCUUGGAUAUGGAUAUUCACAUCAGCUGAAACUGCCAGGUGCAGAUCCUGCAAAGUCUGUGGCAUAUUCCAUGUUUCUGCGGGUUCCCCCUCCAGAAGACAGAAGAGACAAUAUAAGCAAUGCCAUCAAGCCACUACGCAUGGAUUACCCUGCAUUCUUAUCUCCAGACUUGAAUGUUUCAGUGGCAAAGAUUCAUCUGGACAAACCAAAACCUUCAGAGCACUACAAAAGCCUUCAGGAUGCUUUGCAUCAGCCACCUCGAGAAAGACUGGAGAAACUGAAAACUGAAUAUCGGAAUCUAAAAACAUGGCAUGAAAAGGCAGAUUAUUUAGAUCAACUGAUCCUAAAAAAGGGACCAAAAGUAAAACCAGGCCAAGCAAAGGUAUCUCGCUUCAAGGAAGCUGUUGGGAAAAUACAGCGCCCUCAAGCAUCUACAGUUUAUACCUCCUCAGCUUCAGAGGUAAUGUCUCGUGAAAACGUAAGGUCAUUCGCUGGAGAAGACAUGAAGAAAUGGACAAGUCAAAUUUCUACUCUCUCAUCACGACCUUCUGGACCUGUGCCAUCCCGCAGAAACAUAUUUUCAGCAGAACAGAUUCCUCAACCUGCUGAAACAACCCCACCUGUCCCAGCGCUGACUGUAACCCCUAACCCUACGUGUUCUCCAGUAUCUUCGGAUGGAGAGAACAUGAAAGACAUGGUUGUAACAGAACAACUUCAUCCUGACUCUUCGGAUGGAGAGAAUAUGAAAGACCUGGUUGAAAGACUUCAUCCUGCGUCUGAAAGCUCUCUAUCAACAUCUGAGACUAGGGAUUCAGAAAGCCUUGCUUCUGCAGGUCCUGAGAGAAAAGCGACAGUUGAGCAAAUACCCGUCAUAGUAAAAAAACCACCCUUCAAAGAAUAUCUGCCAGUACCAAUACAGGAAUCACAGCCUAAGUCUGAAGUUUCUGUGAGUGUCUCACCUCAGUUUGUGGCACCUCCUAGACCAUCAGAUUCAGUUGUUGAACCAGUACAGCAAUUGCCUUGGAAAUCUAUGUUCCAGGAAGCGGUUUUUUGUGGACACAAGUUUGAACCAUUCUUGAGAAGUGUCAGUAAAGUACAGCCUCCUCCACUUAUUUUUGGCAAAGGAGAUGUCGGUCUUUUAGAAAAAACGUACCCAUAUGAUGCUAACAAAGAACGAGAAGACCAAGACCCACCUGAUGGGAUGUCAUUGACAAAUUUGGGGAGUAGUCCGGACACUAAAUUAAUCAAGAGCAGUGGGGACCUUUCUAUACUAAGGCUUAUAGAAAGAAAAAUGGAUUUAGAAGAGAAGGAUCAAAAACGUGGCAUGCAGGAUGAAAAGGCAUCAGAACCACUCGCUGUCACAUCGGGUUCUUCUCAAAAGACACUAGAAGAUAAACUAGCAGAACAAGCAGAAAUAAAACAGGUUGAGAUUUCCUUUGAGAAGUCUCUUGAAGACGUGCUUGCUGAUAAACUUGUAAAAGUCGUAGCAGUGUCGUCGAUUUUAAGCAAAAAUCUUGAAAACAUAGUUGCAGAGGGACUCUCAGAAGCAAAGCUGCCUGAAACUCUGGAAGAUAGCAGUUUGCCAGGGGAUAAUAAAUGUCUACCUGAGGAAAGAAAGAUGUCAGGAGAGAAGGUUGCAGAACCAGAUGUAACCAAACUGACAGCUGCUGUAAGUCAAAAUUUGCAGGCUCAUCUUAUAGAGAAAUUGUGUGAAGAGGGGAUAAUCACAGAUACAGAUCUACCCGAAAAAGACCAGAUAGUUUCUUUUCCAAUUACUGGUGAUUUGCUCAAGAGGAAGAAAAGCUCAUCCAAGGAAAGCAUGUCACAAACUGAAAUAGCAACACUAAAAUCACUAAGUGAUCAUCUAUCAAGAACCUCUAUCAAAGCUGAAUCCAUGCAGCAUAGUAAAGAAAGUAGUAAGGAAAGUAUUAAAGAAAGUAGUAAAGAAAGCGAGUUAGUAGUUACAGGGACCGGUUUAUCUGAAAGCAAAAUAGAUGGCGAUAAAGAGGCUGCUUCAUGUCCUAAAAUCGACAGUAGUUCAGUUGAACAAACAAAUGCAAAGACAGACUUAAGAAAAGAACCCUCUAAACAGUCACUGGAAAUCAUUAGAGUAAUGUUACCUGUGAACACAGACACAGAUAACAUUAAGCAGCGACUUUCCAUUCAUGAUGCUCUCCUAGAAAAAAUUUUAAAAGCAGAAGUAAGAAGUUUAAAAUCACUUUUAAGCAAAGAACACCAAGAUCACUUUAAAGAUAAACUUUCGGCAGCUGGAUUAAAGGGAGAAGACUUGAAAACAGUGUGCCGGAAGUUGUCCUUGGCUGUGAAAGGGGAUGGCAGUGUCACACCAGAGAAAGCUGCGCUGCAAGAAUGGCAGGAUUCCUCUAGUGAGGGCCUUGCUAAAGAGACAUUGGCGGUAAAUGAAAGUAUUGAAAAUCUCUUUGAAGUGCUUUCAGAAAACGAAAUUGCCAACCUAAAGUAUGCAUUGAACAAAAAGAUUCAAGACCAUCUUUCAGAAAGACUUUCAAAAAUAGGAAUGAUCACAGAGAGUGAGUUAAGGAGAAUACUUGGAAACUUGUUUCCAGUAGUGGAAAAACUAGCAAAGAGUGACGAAGGCUCAGACGAGCAAAGUAUGCAACUAGAUACUCAAAGCCUGCAUGACAGGUUUUCAGAAGAAGAACUACAAAAUCUAAAGUCUCUCUUGAGCAGACUUCUAAAUGAAGGCCACCGAGACAAACUUUCAGAAUCAGAAGUACAAGGUUUAACAUCAGUUUUAGAGAAAAGCUUUGAGGAUCUUCCCGUACAAAACAGUUCUGAAACUGGGAUAAGCCAAGAAGUUGAGGUAAAGGAUGAAUGCCAUACUAUAUCUCUGCCAGAUGUUGAGGAAAGUCAGAAAGUUAGUAAGACAGAUGCAUCUGAGAGGGGAGAAGUUCCUUCAAAGGAAAGUCUUCAUAAAAUUUCGACAGCAGGUGAAAAAUACAAAAUAGAAAGAGAAACUGUAGACCUUUCUGUAACUAAUCUUUUGGACGUAGAAUCAAGGAGCCAAGAAACUCAGACGAUGGUUCAUCCCAAAAAAGUGAAACAUAAAAAAGAAUGUCACAGGUUGCCAAAGCACAGUGAUAAUCUGACCAUACCAAAUAUAACGAGAACAACAUUUGAUGUAGGAUUAAAAAGCAAGUCACCUGAGGAAACUUUGAAGAGAAUCUCUGAACCAUUUGCCACGUCAUCUUUUUUGAGUGCGCGUGAUAUUGGCAUCCAAAGUGAGGCGAAAAGUUAUUUCUGCAACAAGCCCCCCAGUUUUAUUUCCAAGCCUCCCUUUCCGGUGAACCCUCAGACGUUUCUCUUUUUGCAUUCGGAGUCUGAGGAAGACACAAAGCCAGCAGUUAAACACCACCAGAAGGCAAAAAGGAAGAAAUCGGACACAAAGAAGGAUAGCGGGUCACACCAGGUGCAGCAAUCAUCGAUAAGCACACAAACCAGGAGAGAAAGGGUGCCUACUGGAAGCACAUCUAAGGAGAUUUUAAAAGAAAAAUGCAGAAGGCACCCACCAACUUCUCCAAAACUGAGCGCCACCGAAACCAGGAAGGAUUCCAAAGCAACGGCAUCUCCCAGCGGCACGCGAAGGGAAACCCUGAAGCAGAAAUCCGAGAAGAAGCGAGAUACGGAGGUUAAGCCCAAAAAAUCACUUACCAAGACUGCUGUCCUGUCUGAUCCACAUCUACAAAACCAUUCCAAAAAUAUUUCAGAAAAAUCAUCCACAACUAAAAUACCAGCUCCUGGGCGUACAAAAGGAAGCAACACAUUGAACGUUGCAGGCCCAGAUGAUAUCGAUAUGGAAGCUUACAGGCAUCUUGAAAAAGCCGUAGAAAGAGCUCUUCUUGAUUUAGGAAGAGUCCCGGAAGGCAGCUCCAGCCAGGGAAGGCCAACUCCUGCUCCAAGUUCUACUACUCUCCUAACCAAAGAUUCACCCAGAUCCUAUCUCUCUGCUGUUGAGACUCCAAGAAAUCAAGCAGGCUCAAUAACAGAGAUGCUUAACAAUCAAGAACAGAUCUUAAAAAUGACACCCGAACAACUGGAAGUUGUGCUUAGGAUUAUCCAAAAUAUAUUGAGGCAGAACGCAAGACCCCCAAAUAAUGGAUGAAUAGAAACAAUCUGUGUAAACCAGCUACGUAUGUAUGUUCUUACUUCCCUCCCAGCUAUUAUGAAAAAUAAAACCCUCUUUGUAUAUACAUUUUUAAAGAAA